AUGGGGGAGUUUUAUUGGAGUGGGGUGGCAGAUGGUGUUGUCCCCAGGUGGAUUUGGGUUUCGUGGAUGGUGGUUGUGAUUGGUGCCAUCUCUGUUAGCAUCUUGUGGAUUAUCAACUUGUGGGUGGAAUUGUACAGAGAAAGGAAGGUGGAUGGUAGAUUGGAGAAGAAGAAAGACAGGUAG